AUGCAUUUGGAAAUCAAGGUGGCCCUCAACUUCAUCGUAUCUUAUCUAUACAACAAACUUCCUCGCCGCCGAGCAGACCUGUUUGGUGAGGAGCUGGAGAGGAUCUUGGUGUCUCGUUUUGAGGGACACUGGUACCCUGAAGCACCUUUCCGGGGCUCUGCCUUCCGCUGCCUCCACCUCGGGGCUCCACGAGACCCUGUCGUGGAGCUGGCCGCCAAGAGGAGUGGGCUGGAUACAGAGGAGGUGAGAACAAAUGUCCCAGCAGAGCUCAGCGUGUGGAUUGACCCCUAUGAAGUUUCGUACCAAAUUGGGGAGAAGGGGCCUGUAAAGGUCCUGUAUCUGGAGGACCCCCCUGGACUGGGCUGUGAUGGCGAGGUCCCAGAGGCUGUCAUGAGGGAGGCCAAAGGAGAUGCAGAGGCCGACGAAAACAAAAGUGCAGGUUUUAACCCAGAUGCCCAAGUUUUUGUGCCCAUCAGUAGUCAGGCAUCGCCCACUCUUUUGCCUUCCCUGUGCCCCUCUCCCCCAUUGCCCACCUCUUGUCAUGGGCUCUUCAGCUACCCAAGCUCUAGCACCCCCCCAGAGCUGGUACCUCAUUCCUCAAACACAUCCACACCCUCUCCACCUAGCGCCUUGCCUUACCUCUCCACACCUACUCCAGCUCGGCCACAGCCCAUCACCUUCACCACUGCCAGCUUCGCUGCCACUAAAUUUGGUUCCACAAAAAUGAAGAAGAGCAGCGGAGCUGUGUCUACCACUGUAGCUCCGGUCCCAAGGAUGCUGUCCCGCUCCCCUCCCCUCUCUGCUCCUGAGCUCCUCAAGCACAAGCCGCUGUCUCUGUCCCUGCAUUCUCUGGGGGGACCCAUGCCCAGCCAGCUCUCCCCCAACGCCAAAGAGUUCAUCUACCCUGGAUCUCCGGGCCAACUGUACUUUGAUAGUGACACUCCGCCCAUGCAAGCUCACACUAGCCCCUUUCAGCCUCCUCACGCAGGCCACAACCAGCCGCCGUUUGACCCGUUCUCCAGCCCCCCACCUGCUCAGAACGUGGGCAUCAUAGGAAGUGGAGGCGGGCCGAUCUCUUACGUUGAGAAGCAGUCAUUUGUCGACGGUUUGGGAAACUACAACCUGCAAUAUCCCAGCCCACCCUUCCAGCCAGUAGUGCUGGCUAACUAA